AUGAGUCUGCGCUGUGGCCAGCAGGUGUUUUGGAGCAUCAGUGUCUCAGGAGCACAGCUGAGCAGGUGGUGCCCCAUCUCUGCACGGCCCGUGGUGACGGUACAGGUGGUGACCCACUCAGAGCUCGCGGCCAGGAGCAUGCCCCACGGGGAGCAGCCCUCGGAGUGUCAGCUGCCAGGCCCUAAUCCUGCCCUGAGGCAGCCACGGGGGUGGGGCUCCAAGCCAUUACUGUUCCCAGGGCUCGAGGCUGGAUCUUUCACCUGCCUCAAGAACAAUGUCCUAAGGAUUGACUGCCACUGGUCUGCCCCAGAGCUGGGUCAGGGCCCCAGUCCCUGGCUCCUCUUUACCAGCAACCACAGGCUGGGCAGCAAGCAUAGAUGUGUCUUCCGGGCCAGCGAGUGUGCUGUGGUGCUGCCACCUGAGGAGGUGCUCGUGCCUCCCGACAACUUCACCAUCACUUUCCACCAUUACGUGUCUGGGAAGGAGCAGGUCAGCUUGGUGGACCCACAGUACCUGCCCUGGAGACACAGGAAGUUGGACCCUCCCUCGGACUUACAGAGCAAUGUCAGCUCUGGGUCCUGUGUCCUGACCUGGGGCGUCAGUCCUGCCUUGGAGCCUCUGGCCACCAUCCUCAGCUACGAGUUGGCCUUCAAGAAACAGGAAGAGGCCUGGGAGCAGGCCCGGCACAGGGAUCACAUUGUCGGGGUGACCUGGCUCACCCUUGAAGCUAUAGAACUGGACCCUGGCUCCAGCUAUGAGGCCAGGCUGCGUGUCCAGAUGGCCACACUGAAGGAGGAAAUGGUGCAGGAGCAGCACCAUGAGGGCCAGUGGAGCGAAUGGAGCUAGUCUGUGUGCUUCCCAUCUCCUCAGAGCCCUGUUCAAGGUGGGGGUCUCCCUCCUAGAGGGACUCCCCUCACUCAUGCAUCCACCCUUGUUGCUGUGCCCGUCUUUCUGCUGCUGACCAGCCUGACCUACCUCGCAGUGUUCAGGCUUUCACCCAGGAUGAAGAGAAGCUUCUACCAGAACGUACCCUCUCUGGCGCCAUUCUUCCAGUCCGCUAGUGUGCACCAUGGCGACUUCCAGACCUGGAUCGGGGUCCACAUAACUGGCCUGCUGCUGAGCCCAGACCCUGUCAGUUCCCCACAAGGAGCCUCGGAGUCCAGUGUCCAGGAGGUCAUUGCGUGGCUGACCUAUGACCCAGUGGAUCCCUGGCAGUCAGUGGUCCCAGAGGAUGAGGAGGAGGGCCCUGGUGCCGGCUUCCCAGGGGCUGUGCUGGGAGCAGGGCAUGUGCUACAUGGAGGGCAGCUGCCUGCCUACCUGCUGCAGGAGGACUGGGUCCCUGCGAGCACCUCCCCCAUGCCAGCUCCCCCACAGUCAGAGGGCAACAGUGGUGACUGGGCUGCUCUGGGGGCUGCUAACCCUCUACCUUCCCAGGAAGCACACGGAGCUCUGGGCCCAGCCCGGCUUUGGCCCAUGGCCUUUCUGGUGACCAGCAUAGCCUGGAUGCCUGGCGAGGAAGUACCUGUGUGGGAGUGGGUCAUGGUGAGAGGAAAGACCCUGCUGAAUGGGUUGCAUGAGGACCUCAGGGUGUUGGCCUCGCUCCUACCCUCUGCAGUCACCGGGUGUGAUCUAGAGCCCCGACUUGGCCAGCUGCAUAAUGUCCAUUUUGUGGAAAAUGGACCAAAGUCUCUCUGA